AUGGCCGCCCUGCAGACCUUGUCCAAGAGCUUCCCAGCAUGGGUUUUCUUCUGCUGCUGUUGCUGCCUUCCCCUUCUUCUCACCAGCUCUCUGCCUCUGAAAGGGGCUUCUGCUGCCCAUCAUGCCUGCAGGCUCAGGAGGAUCAACUUCCAGCUGCCCUACAUCCGGAAUCGCACCUACACCUUGGCUAAAACGGUACAUGCCUUGGACAGGGACACGGACAACAGAUUGAUUGGGCAGCAGCUUUUUGUUAACAUCAGGGAAAACAACCGCUGCUACCUGAUGAAGAGGGUUGUGGAGUUUGUAGUAGAAGAUGUUCUCCUCACUGAAGUCAAGGACCAGUACCCUUAUGUUGAGGAGGUGGCACACUUCUUGGCAUCCCUGACCUCAGAGCUCAGCAGCUGUCAAUUCUCAGGAAAGAGAGAACACAUUGAAAAGAACCUGGAACAAAUGAAGAACAAGAUGGAACAGUUGGGAGAAAAUGGAAAGAUUAAAGCCAUUGGAGAGCUGGAUUUACUGUAUGACUACAUGGAAAAUGCAUGUACUGAUGCCCCAAAGAAGGGAGGCAACAAGAAGAAAAACUGA